AUGACGUCAAUCAAGGUAGAUGGCUACCCACACACAGAGGUGGCGGCGGACAGCGCCGUUCACUGCGGGUCUCUGUGCACCUCGGCCACCACGUGUUCCUCCUUCUUCUUUCUUGCGACGACAGGAAGAUGUCUUCUGAACGAGUUUGUCUUUGUGAAACCAGACGGAGGCCAGUCGGCACCGGGUGCUCGAUAUUUCAAGCCUAACAGUCCGGCCUGUCCUUAUAGUGACGGGUACGUGUGGUUGCGCGGUCAAUGCACGUGCUUCAAGAUUUACACCACCACCAAGAACUUCACAACCGCAUACACAACCUGUGCCAGUGUUGGCUCCCGUCUGGCCAUAAUGGACACGAAACCAAAGUUCACAGCUUUUGUAACAUACAUGGCAGAUAGUAACAUUACUAUUUCGGCGCCAUUCCUUGGAGCGGCGCGAGAGGGAGUACUCGAUGGCAGCAGGACGACUUGGGACAACAUUCUUCACCCUCUCUACUGGCUGAAUGGAGUGAAGGUUGCUACAAGUGGACCUGACAGCAACUGGUAUGGUAAAAACCCUGACAACGGCAACGGGGUGGAAGCAUGUUUGAAUAUCUAUUUGAGUAAAUGGAAUGAUGUGUCUUGUGGUGUUUACAGAGGAUUCUUCUGCGAAAAGGUUCUACCAUGCGUCUGA